AUGAGCUUCAAAUUUUCAGCUGCACACUCAAGUCGGAUAAAGAAACCCACCAAGCCACCAGCGUUCAAACGAAACUCUUCCAGCUCGUCAUCCUUCUCUGCCUUGCCUCGGCGAAAGCCAGUGCAGAGGUCCACCUCGAAAUCCGAAACCAAGGAUGAUGAAGAUGAGGAUAUGUUCGGGGACAGGCUGGAUGAUGUGGGACUUGUCAAGAGUUUAGCUACCGAUCUGACGUUGAGAGAUGUCUCACAGGCAGUUAUGUAUGUGCGAGGCAGGAUGUGGAGUGCCAUUCCUCAGGACAGGACGGGCAUGAACUCGACGCGCAUUGCAGAAGUUUUGAACUUCCGAGCUUUACUACCGCCUAUUGUCACGGUCUCACAUAUCCAAGCGCUACUAAAUUCGCCAACGAGUGUGGAGAGGGAGAUAGCGGAGCUGAUACGUGGAGGGGCAAUACGGAAGAUUGUAGUUGGAGGGAGGGGCAGUAUGGGGGAAGCAUUGAUUAUGGUUCAAGAUUUGGACGAGAUAAUUGCGAAGAGUGGCGUGGAAGAGGAAAUCAGAGAAAAGUUCGUGAAGCUCUUGCAUGAAUUUCCGACUGCGAUGAAGGUAUCGAGAUCGCAGCUUUUAGAGGAAGAAGCGAAGGCGCUGAUGCUCGCUGGGUUUCUGACCACGGCAACGCCGGGCUGGACUUCGAAUGAUAAGUACUCAAGACCUGGAGAUGGUAUGCGGGGGACCAUGACGUCUCUGAAUAGCAUCUCAAAAGCUGCCUCUGGAUCUUUAGCUGCAGUCGGCGGCGAGGGCGCUGUUCACGCAGCUGGAGGGAGCGGGGGAGGGGUAAAAGGGCCAGGAUUUGGAGACUACUCUAUCGCCCUCCCCACAACUGGACCCUUUCUCAAACUCCUAGCAAACGCACGAGCGCAUAUGCUGUCACUGCUAUCGAAAUCCAAGUUCCGAGAGGCACCCGAAUCGCUGCUGCGUCAACGCUGGGACGGAGGAAUCGCAGCAGACGAUCCGGCAAGCGCAGCACGGCAUAAUCGAGGAGAGUUCGGCGUGCUACCGGGCAGGACGAGGAAGUGGAAACAGUUCCAUGGGAUGUCUUUUGAGUGGAUUCUGGGUGAGUGUGUCGGCGCUGGAAUGCUAGAGGUUUUUGAUACCAGGAGUAUCGGACGAGGCGUCCGUGCUUUGUAA